ACUUUACUGUCUGAAAUCUUGCAUCAGAAUAUUGAAAACGGAAGCAUGGCAGGCGAAGAAAAUGAACCUACAAAAAGACUCCAACCACAUCUAUCAAAACAAGAUCUCUCUACUCUCCACAUUGAAAAAUUGACCCCUCUGACACAAGAGGUUAUCAGUAGACAGGCCACUAUAAAUAUAGGCACCAUUGGACAUGUAGCCCAUGGGAAGUCCACUGUAGUCAAAGCGAUAUCUGGUGUACAGACUGUUAGGUUCAAGAAUGAACUUGAAAGAAAUAUCACCAUAAAACUUGGAUAUGCCAAUGCAAAAAUUUAUAAAUGUGACAACAAUUCUUGUCCAAGACCUGGCUGCUACAGAUCUUGUGGCAGUUCUAAAGAAGAUGCUUUUCCAUGUGACAGAGCUGGAUGUAGUGGAAAAUUUAGAGUCCUCAGACAUGUAUCCUUUGUGGACUGUCCAGGUCACGACAUUCUUAUGGCAACCAUGUUGAACGGAGCAGCAGUUAUGGAUGCAGCAUUACUGUUAAUAGCUGGAAAUGAAUCCUGUCCACAGCCUCAAACAUCAGAACAUUUAGCAGCAGUGGAAAUUAUGAAAUUGAAACACAUACUUAUAUUACAAAACAAAAUAGAUCUGGUCAAAGAAAGUCAAGCAAAAGAACAGUAUGAACAGAUUUUAGCCUUUGUUAAAGGAACAAUAGCUGAAGGAGCUCCAAUAAUACCAGUAUCAGCUCAGUUAAAAUAUAAUAUAGAUGUCAUUUGUGAAUACAUUGUUAAAAAAAUUCCUGUACCUAAAAGAGACUUUUUAUCAGAACCCAGAUUAAUAGUUAUUCGAUCAUUUGAUGUAAACAAACCUGGCAGUGAAGUAGAUGAUUUGAAAGGAGGUGUGGCAGGAGGAAGUAUUUUGAGAGGGGUGUUAAAGGUUGGUCAAGAAAUAGAAGUAAGACCUGGUAUUGUAUCUAAAGACCAAGAGGGCAAAUUAACAUGUAAACCAAUCAGAUCUAGAAUUCUGUCAUUGUUUGCAGAACAAAAUGAUCUUCAGUAUGCAGUUCCUGGGGGUUUAAUAGGUGUUGGUACUAAGAUAGAUCCAAUGUUAUGUCGAGCAGACAGAAUGGUGGGGCAUGUGUUGGGAGCAGUUGGAGCAUUACCUGACAUAUAUACAGAACUAACAAUAUCAUUCUUUUUGUUGCGACGUCUUCUUGGUGUAAAAACAGAAGGGGAAAAGAAAGGAGCUAAGGUACAGAAGUUAUCAAAGAAUGAAGUAUUAAUGGUUAAUAUAGGAUCCUUGUCAACAGGAGGACGUGUACUGGCCGUCAAAGCUGAUUUGGCUAAAAUUGGUCUUACAAAUCCUGUAUGUACAGAUAUAGGAGAAAAAAUUGCUCUGAGCCGAAGGGUGGAAAAACAUUGGAGAUUGAUUGGUUGGGGACAAAUCAGAAGUGGAAUUAAGAUAGAUCCUGUCAGCCAAGAUGAUUAAACAAGGGACACACAAUAAUUUACUGAACAUUUUAACUAUGUUACCUGUGAACAGAACUUGGCAUUUAUUAUUACCAUACAGACAUUAAUUUAUAGAUACAAUGUACCCGUACAAAGUUAAUUGAAGUAAUGAUAACGGGCUAAAUUGUUAUAUUUGAUAAAUGACUAAAGAUUUAUUUGUAUAAACUCACUUCAUGUUGUUAUAUACAUGUGAAAUAAACUAGGUUAUUUAUAAAUUA